UUUAUCAUUUGAUAUUUGAUAUUUACUAUUAUUAUUUACUGUUUGCUAUUUAUCAUUUAUCAUUUACUAUUUAUUGCUCACUCCAAAACCUUACAAUAUACCCUCCUAGGUAAUUUCAAUACAACAAUGCCAGAGUGACAACAACAACAAGACUUUGGCAAGAGAUUCGAUUGUUUGACCUGAGCUUUGAGCUUGAUCUUUAGCUUGACCUUGACCUCAACCCGCCUGCUCUGGUUUUCUCUAGUUCGCAAUCAAUAAUGGCUUCAAAAACAAGCCCUACAGCUUUAACGCCAUCGAGACCGCUACAUAUUACCAUUCGAUUCGCGGACUCGAUCCCAGAUCUACUUUUGGACAUUCCCACUCAAAAUAAUAUCACCGGUGUGGGUUUGAAACAUUUAAUUCGUUCAAAGCUCAAACCUCCUGCUUCACAGCGUCGAUUUCGAUUCAUUUACGGUGGGAAAUUCAUACGAGAUGAUGAUUUCCUAACAGCUAUUCUCAAGGUUCCAACACCACCGCCACGAGCUAUCGAUGUGAAGGGCAAGGGGAAGGACGUAGAACCACCUCCAGCUAGGGUAUAUAUCAAUUGCUCAAUUGGCGAUGAUGUUCUUAGUCCUUCCGAGAUUGAAGCAGAAACGAUAGCAGCCACCGCUGCGCUCAAUAAGCCAAAGAAGACAAAAUUACCAGAUGGAGCUUCUUCGAGUCUCGGCACACCAGCUUCAAGCACAACUGUCGCACCGCGUGGCUUCAACCGCUUUCUCUCGGCAGGCUUUUCUCCAGCUGAAGUGAAUCAACUACGCCUUCAAUUUCAAUCAAUUCAGGCGAGCAUACAUACACCUGAUACUAUGCCGUCUCCUGAUACUUUGUUACGGAUGGAAGACUCGUGGAUAGAUAAUAAUGCAGGGAAUGGUGCAAUUGGGACCGAAGGUGGUUUUGACUUUGGAGACGAUGGUAUGGGCAGUGGAUUCGAUGAUUUGUUAUGGGGUAACAUCAUGGGAUUUUUAUGGCCACUGGGAUGUGUGGUAUGGGUAUUGAGAGAACCUGGGAUAUUGUCAUCAAGAAGACAAAUUGCUGUCUUUACGGGCUUUCUCCUCAGUAUCACAUUUGGAUUUUUAAGAGUUCUUUCGUGACACUCAAAGAUUGCGAAGUUAGCUUUCAAGCUACUGGGGAAAGCUUGUAUCUUAUAUAUCCACAUGUGGUGAUAUAAUAGAACGAGUGAGUUCUCUACGGAGUUAUUGGGAAUUUUUGAAACAGAUGGCGGUUAAAUGUUUUACAAGACUUUAAGAGCGCAAGCUUGUAUUUAUACAAUCAUCUUCUUCUGGUGAUAUAUGGGAUUGAGGGAGCUUUCAAUGGAGUUAUUGGGGAUACAGAAGAGAUGACGAUAGCGAUGGCAAUGGCGACGGGGAGUUCUACAUGAUACCCGUUCAGUUGAGUAAUAUUGAUGUAGCAUUCGAGAUUAUUGGCUUCUCAUUUUACGACGUCGGACUUUUGAUUUAUUCAACGGGUGAGGAGCGUCAAAUUGGCAUAUCUGACGAUACAUCAAUGCAUUAAAAUGACUGCCAAAGUUGUGGUCACAACAGGCUCACCCUUCGAGGCCGGGGAUGUCUCUAGUCACUAUUCACAAAUAUAUAGGUAUUUUGCCAGCCACUCACGCCCUUUACCUUGGAUCAAAUGCAGAGAAAGUUCCUCGGGGACUUUGCGUAAGCAGCCUGUUUCUUUUUAUCCAGCUGAUUAUUGUCACACCACUUCU